AUGCCAGUUCUUCACGAAUACACUUACAUCUUUGCCAUUGGCACAUUCUUUGCUCUUCUCGAAGCAUACAACAAUGGUGCCAACGAUGUCGCCAACGCCUGGGCUACCAGUGUAUCAUCAAGAUCGGUCAGCUACCGACAGGCUAUGUUGCUCUGCCUUGUGUUCGAGUUGACGGGCGCCCUUGCAGUAGGAGCUAGGACGGCAUCCACGAUCAAAAAUGGAAUCAUACCCUUAGACGCGUUUAAGGGCAACGCUCCAGUUCAACUCCUUGCCUUCACUUGUGCCGCCGCAGGUGCCUCUAUCUGGGUCAUGUGGUGCACACGACACAACGCCCAUGUUUCAUCGACAUACUCUCUUGUUUCUUCCAUUGCUGGUGUUGGUGUCGCUACUGUCGGUAUCAAGGGUGUUCAGUGGGGUUGGAAUAAUGGUUCAGGUCUCGGUGCCAUUUUCGCUGGUCUCGUCAUGGCUCCCACAAUCUCCGCAGUCUUCGGCGCUACCAUCUUCAUGCUCGUCAAGACCACCGUCCACAUGAGAAGUAACCCCGUUCCUUGGGCUGUUUACACCUCGCCCUUCUUCUUCCUCAUCGCCGGCACUAUUUGUACCCUUUCCAUCGUCUACAAGGGCUCUCCGAAGCUCGGUCUGUCCAAGAAACCUGGCUACUGGAUCGCCGGUGUCUCUGUCGGUUCUGGUGUCGCUCUUGCCGUGUUGGCCGCCCUCUUUUUCGUUCCCUACGUCAACCAGCGUGUCAUUCGCAGAGACUACACCUUGAAGUGGUACCACGUCUUCAUGGGACCCCUCCUCUUCUCUCGGCAGGCUCCUGCUGAUGCCGAAUUUGCCAUGGUUCCUGACUACGCCGUCAUUCAUCACGAGGAGCAUGAAGGCAAGGCCAAGACCUCGGCUCCCCCUUCGAUCGAGAUGACUGGCAAGGUCGGUGAGUCCGAGGUUUCCACCGGUGAGCUUCGUCGCAGAUCUAUUCACGGCUCUGAUGGCAUUGAGAGCGCUGCCUCCUCGCCUGAGAUCACUCCUCAACGCAGAAACAGCAUCACCAACGAGAACCCCAGAGAAGCCUACGCCCGCCUUCUCAAGGAAGCUCGCGACCAACACCAUGCCGAUCUACGUCAAGAACGUGGCCCUCUUGGUUGGGCCAUGCGUACUGUCCACGAAAAUCAACUCGGUGCCGGCUCCAUCUACGAACUUCACAACAUUAAGGCUAUUCUGAAGUGCAUCCCUGCUGGUAUUGUCAUCGCUCUCAUGUACGGUAUCUAUUACGACAUCCACAAGGCUCAGGUCGGUGUUCUCGGUACUCCUGAGGGCAGGCGCAUGGCUCGUGUCUACGCUCAUGCUCCCCGCUACCCUAACGAGGUCGAAUACUUGUACUCUUUCGUCCAAGUCAUCACUGCCUGCACCGCUUCCUUCGCGCACGGUGCCAACGAUGUUGGUAAUGCUGUCGGUGUUUGGGCCGCCAUGUACGCUGCUUGGUCUACUGGUUCCUCCGUCAAAGCGAAGGAAGCAGUGCCUCUCUGGCAGAUCGCAGUCAUGGCGCUUACGAUCUGUAUUGGAUUCAUUACUUACGGUUAUAACAUCAUGAAGGUCAUGGGCAACAAGAUCACCUACCACUCUCCCUCUCGUGGAUCUUCCAUGGAACUUGGCGCUUCCAUCACGAUUCUUAUCUUCUCGCAAUACAAGCUGCCCGUUUCAACCUCGAUGUGCAUCACAGGCGCCACUGUUGGUGUUGGACUCUGUAAUGGCACCUGGCGUGCUGUUAAUUGGUCUAGAGUAGGACUGUUGGUGUUCUCUUGGUUCAUGACUAUACCAAUCGCUGGACUAAUUGGAGGUCUCAUCAUGGCUAUUACUCUUAAUGCUCCUAGUUUCUAG